AUGGAGAGGAAGCUGAAAAGCAUGAGAGACGAGCAAAAGCACCAAUUGGAAAAGAAUAUGGACCAAUUAGCGACUUCGGAAAACGAUAAAAAUCAGGCAAGGAAGACUUUCUCGGCAUUUGGUCUGCCAGGAGUCCUUGCUCUCGGUGGAUCUCUUAACCACCAUGCAUUUAGACUCUAUAUACGUAUUACCACCGCUAUUCGGUUAAAUAUUCUAGUAUAUUACUGUGACUCUCCCUUUGGCACAAUUCACUUCCACUCCACAAAUUCAGAGGACUUGAAUACCAUGAAGCUGUAUCGCACUUUAGAAUCUGAUUCUAGCAUAGAACCAGUUCCAGUUACAGAACCCAAUACGGCUGGUACAAAUAUUUCCCAGUUGCAAUUAUUCAAGUUCCCAAGUUUCCCAAGUUCUCGAAAACAGUUUGACAAGAGAUUUAAAAACUACACGACAGCUAGAAACUAUGGAUUCUGCCUAGUAGCAAUGGCGGAGGACCAGUGA